AUGGCGGCGGAGGCUCAGGCCGAGGGUCCCGCGUUGCCCCCAGCGCCCCCUCCGCCCCUGGCGCACGGGAGCUCUUCCGCUUCCCCGGAGAAGCGCGGGCUCCCGAUCCCGGGGGACGACGGCGGGGCGGAUGAGGAGGAGCGGCGGCUGCCCGCGCCAAGCGUCGCCGCGCUCGACAGCGUCCCCAGCUCGGUGACCGAGGAGGAGGCGGAGGACUCGCCUGGCUCGGCCUGCGGCGGGGACGGGGACGGAGACGGGGACGGCGCGUCGUUCUCGUUCCAGCAUGCGCGGGGCGGCUUCGUGGCGCUGGAGACCACGCCCAAGUUCGGGUCCUUCAACCCGCCAGGGGAAACCGAGCUGGCGGGCCUAGAUCUGAAGCCUGCGGCUGCGGGUCACGAAGCUGACCCGGUGUGUUCGACGGAGGCGGACGACGAGGUCCCGGCGGCGUCGGUUCCUGGGGAGGAGGCCAAAGACGAGAGCUCGCAAUUACGGGGCGGCGAGGUUGAUGGCCAGGUCCAGGCAUAA